UUCGGCAGCGGGACGGCCCCAGCGCGGCGGAGCGGGCGUGAGAGGGGCGCAGCGGGCGGCGACGGGAGAGGCGCGCGGGGCGACGCGAGAGUCCGGCUGGGCUCUCCCCGCAGGUGAGCGGGUCUCAGUGCGGGAGUCGGCGCGCGGCUUCCCGCCCCAGCGCGGCGCCGCAUGAAGACCAUGGACAAGCAGCGUCUGUUGGACGCCGGGUCCGGAGCGCGGUCUUACAUGGGAUCUCGGUGGCAGAAUGAGGCUGGCUGGAUUUCUGUGUCACGACCUGAGCUGGACUUGCCAUCCAUUGAGCUGAACGUGGAGAACAGUCACUACUGCCACUCCCAGCAGGGUCCUGGCAGCCGCUGUGACCCCGAGAAGGAGCGGGCCCGGCGCCAGCUCUAUGUGGCCUCUGCCAUCUGCCUGGUGUUCAUGGUUGGGGAAGUCGUUGGUGGGUACCUAGCACACAGCUUGGCAAUCAUGACUGAUGCAGCCCAUCUGCUCACUGACUUUGCCAGCAUGCUCAUCAGCCUCUUCUCUCUCUGGAUGUCCUCCCGGCCAGCCACCAAGACCAUGAACUUCGGCUGGCAGCGAGCUGAGAUCCUGGGAGCCCUGCUGUCUGUGCUGUCCAUCUGGGUGGUGACUGGGGUGCUGGUGUACCUGGCGACAGAGCGGCUCAUCUCCGGGAACUAUGAGAUCGAGGGGAAGACUAUGCUGAUAACAGCGGGCUGCGCCGUGGCCGUGAACAUCAUAAUGGGAUUGACUCUUCACCAGUCUGGCCAUGGACACAGCCACGGCCAAGGGCACGGACACAGCCACGGCCAAGGGCACAGCCAAGACACCACCCAGCAGCAGGAGAACCCCAGUGUCCGAGCUGCCUUUAUCCAUGUGAUCGGAGACUUGCUGCAGAGUUUGGGCGUCCUGGUGGCAGCCUAUAUUUUAUACUUCAAGCCAGAGUACAAGUACGUAGACCCCAUCUGCACCUUCAUCUUCUCCAUCCUGGUCCUGGGGACAACCUUGACCAUCCUGAGAGAUGUGAUCCUGGUGCUAAUGGAAGGUACCCCCAAGGGCGUGGACUUCACAGCUGUGCGGGACCUGCUGCUGUCAGUGGAGGGGGUGGAAGCCUUGCACAGCCUGCAUAUCUGGGCACUGACUGUGACCCAGCCUGUGCUGUCUGUCCACAUCGCCAUUGCUCAGAACACAGAUGCCCAGGCUGUGCUGAAGGCAGCCAGCGCCCGCCUGCAGGGGAAGUUCAACUUCCACACCAUGACCAUCCAGGUCGAGCACUACUCUGAGGACAUGAAGGACUGUCAGGCGUGCCAGGGCCCCUCGGACUGACGGCCUGGCCAGGUGCCCACUGGAGCACGGACAGGACCUGCAGACGGUGGGGCCCCGUGUCCCCCAGGCCCAGCCAGGACUCUGUUUACCCUGACUGUGUCAUAAACCAGAUCCCUCUUCUGACCUCAGCUCCAUGCUCAGCGCGGAGGAGCCUUGCCCACUCCAGGAAUGGGGCUCCUCCCCGGCCUCCCCUCCGACGAUAGCAGCCCCAGGGUGGGGACUCAGCAGGUACAAGCCCACUCCUGCUCCUGGGUCAGUUCCUGGUGGGGCUGGGUUUGGGCCUGCUCCGCCGCCAAUGCUGUCUUACCACCAGCCUCAGGGAGAGGCAGUGAGGGAUGCUGGAGGGGAGCCUGGCCGCAGCGCCCCCUGCCUACCUGCCUCAUUUCCCAUCUUCUUUGCCUUAGAAACCUGUAAAGAAAUCUUGGGACUGAGCCCCCUCCCUCUGCCUCUAACACGAUCUGAUUUAAGGAGGCCAUGGGGGCUAGGGAGUUGCGAGACAGACUAGUAAGCCAGGACAAGUGGAAUAGGGAAUCCGAGACAGAUAAAUGGCCAGGCAGGUUAUAGCCAGCCAUCGAGUAAAUCACAGCAUCCCAUCUCCCCUGGCCAAGGACGCUUAAGAGUAAGUGGUUUGCACGUCUGCCCAACCAGAGGAUAAAGAGCUAAAAUCUCAGGAAGACAGAUAACACAGCCAAUGAGUGCCAUUUAUACCAACCACAUCCAAGGACAGGUGAAGUUAGGGGAAUAAAUCUCAUUUUGGUGCAUCAGCAUAAACUGAUUAAUAUUCUAUUGGGGGCCUCCCCUAAAUUCCCAGCCUUUAAAACCCUCAAGAUGAAGGACUUAGGAGCCUUUUCUCCCUCGCCUCCCCCCGACCCACCCCCCAUGCAUUACCUCCGCCUUACUCCUAAGCUCCAAGGGCCCUUCUGUAAGUUUCUAAAUAAACUUUCUCUUAAAAU